UUUUACGAAGGCUUUCAGUUUGGUCUUUUCUUGAAUUAGAAGCAGCACUCGUCCUUGUAUCAAACCAGACACUUAGCUGACACAAAAACUGCUCCUGUAAACAAAUUCACCCUUGCUCUGUCACCAUGGCAACAGAGGAGAAGAAACCAGAAUCUGAAGCUACUAAAACACAGACAGCCUCAUCUGCCUCUGCCAGCCAGAGCAAGUCGGUGCCAGUAAAGCCAAACUACACCUUGAAGUUCACAUUAGCUGGACAUACAAAAGCAGUCUCCUCUGUCAAAUUCAGUCCAAGUGGAGAGUGGCUAGCCAGCUCAUCUGCUGACAAACUAAUCAAAAUAUGGGGGGCUUACGAUGGAAAGUUUGAGAAGACAAUUUCUGGACACAAACUUGGGAUCUCCGAUGUGGCUUGGUCUUCGGACUCUAAUCUCCUGGUCUCUGCAUCCGAUGAUAAAACCCUGAAGAUCUGGGACGUCAGUUCUGGGAAAUGUUUGAAAACGUUGAAGGGUCACAGCAAUUAUGUAUUCUGCUGCAACUUCAACCCUCAGUCCAAUCUCAUCGUGUCAGGAUCAUUUGAUGAGAGUGUGAGGAUAUGGGAUGUGAAAACAGGGAAGUGCUUGAAAACCCUGCCUGCCCACUCUGACCCUGUGUCUGCUGUCCACUUCAAUCGAGAUGGCUCCUUGAUUGUGUCCAGCAGUUAUGACGGGCUCUGCCGAAUCUGGGACACAGCCUCAGGACAGUGCCUUAAAACCCUGAUUGAUGAUGACAACCCCCCUGUGUCAUUUGUGAAGUUCUCCCCUAACGGCAAAUACAUUCUAGCAGCCACCCUGGACAACACCCUGAAACUGUGGGACUACAGCAAAGGAAAGUGCUUGAAAACAUACACUGGGCACAAAAAUGAGAAAUACUGCAUAUUUGCAAAUUUCUCUGUCACAGGUGGUAAGUGGAUUGUCUCUGGCUCAGAAGACAACAUGGUCUACAUCUGGAACCUGCAGACCAAGGAGAUCGUACAGAAACUACAAGGCCAUACAGAUGUGGUGAUCUCAACUGCCUGUCAUCCUACAGAAAAUAUCAUUGCAUCAGCAGCACUAGAAAACGACAAAACCAUCAAACUGUGGAAGAGUGACUGCUAAGACAU